AAUACUGCAGUAGAGUGUAAAAUAGCAUCUACAACUGGAGAAAAACAUUUUGAUAAAAGUCCCACAAAGACAAGGCACCCACGGAAAAUUGACCUAAGAGCUCGCUACUGGGCAUUUCUCUUUGACAAUCUUCGCCGGGCAGUAGAUGAAAUCUAUGUGACUUGUGAGUCCGAUCAGAGUGUGGUGGAAUGUAAGGAGGUGUUAAUGAUGCUGGAUUACUAUGUGAGAGAUUUCAAAGCAUUGAUUGACUGGAUUCACCUUCAGGAAAAGUUAGAGAAGACAGAUGCGCAAAGCAGACCAACCUCACUGGCAUGGGAAGUAAAGAAGAUGUCUCCAGGACGUCAUGUGAUUCCAAGCCCAUCGACAGAUAGAAUGAAUGCAACGUCAACUGCAAGAAGAAGCUUAAAUUUUGGGAAUUUACCUGGUGCAGUAACUGCCCCAUGUCUGGCUCCCACAGGUGUCAGUUGGGCAGACAAGGUAAAGGCGCAUCAUACUGGUUCUGCCACUCCUGAUGGAACACCUGCUCAGCCCUGUGUGCCAGUGACAGUGCAGAAGACUUCCCGAAAAAAUGAACGGAAAGAUGCCGAGGGAUGGGAGACUGUUCAGAGAGGACGGCCAGUUCGUUCCCGGUCAACAGCAGUGAUGCCAAGAGUUUCACUAGUGACAGAAACCUUAAGGUCAAAGGAUGACAGUGAUAAGGAAAACGUAUGCCUUUUACCUGAAGAAAGGGCACAGAAAGGGGAACUUGUGGAAGACAGAUGUUCUACAGUGGACUCUCUGCGCAAAGACUCAUUACACUCUUCUGACCAUCCUCUCUCUGAGAGAACUCAGUUCACAGUGAGUAUAUUGGAUGAUGUCAAGAAUUCUGGUAGUGUUCAAGACAGUUCAGUGCAUACUUCUGAAAUACCAGACAUUCACAAUGAUGCAGUAUGUGUUGCCGUUACUCAACCAGCCACCACAGCAUUACCAACAGACAAAGACAAGGUUCCAGUAGAGAAAGCAGGAAUGGUGACUGAGACGGACCCUUCAGAUAUUUCAAAUGUGAGUGCUGCUGACUUGUCCAUGGCAGAAGUCCUCGCUAAAAAAGAAGAGCUAGCAGAUCGACUAGAAAAGGCCAAUGAAGAAGCCAUUGCGAGUGCCAUUGCUGAAGAGGAACAGUUAACUAGAGAAAUUGAAGCUGAAGAAAACAAUGAGAUUAACAUCGAGACUGACAACGACAGUGACUUUUCUGCCAGCGUGGGCAGCGGGAGUCUUUCUUUCUGUGGCAUGUCUCUGGACUGGAACGAUGUUCUCGCAGACUACGAAGCUCGUGAAUCGUGGCGUCAAAAUACUUCCUGGGGGGAUAUUGUCGAAGAAGAGCCUGCUAGACUUCCAGGGCAUGGAAUUCACAUGCAUGAAAAACUUUCUUCACCAUCUCGUAAAAGGACUAUUGCAGAAUCUAAGAAGAAAUAUGAAGAGAAGCACAUGAAAGCUCAACAGUUAAGGGAAAAGCUCCGAGAAGAGAAGACACUAAAGCUUCAAAAGUUGUUAGAAAGGGAGAAAGAUGUCCGAAAGUGGAAGGAAGAAUUACUUGAUCAGCGGCGUAGGAUGAUGGAAGAGAAGCUACUUCAUGCUGAAUUUAAACGAGAGGUACAGCUACAAGCAAUUGUGAAGAAAGCCCAAGAGGAAGAAGCUAAGGUAAAUGAGAUUGCCUUCAUAAAUACCCUUGAAGCUCAGAAUAAACGCCAUGAUGUUCUAUCAAAAUUGAAGGAAUAUGAGCAGAGGCUUAACGAGUUGCAAGAAGAGCGUCAGAGGAGACAAGAAGAAAAGCAAGCUCGUGACGAGGCUGUGCAGGAACGCAAGAGAGCCCUUGAGGCAGAACGGCAGGCCCGUGUAGAGGAGUUGUUGAUGAAGAGGAAAGAGCAAGAAGCCCGAAUUGAGCAACAAAGGCAAGAGAAGGAAAAAGCCCGUGAAGAUGCAGCUCGGGAAAGAGCUAGGGACAGGGAAGAACGGUUGGCGGCACUCACAGCAGCACAGCAAGAAGCUAUGGAAGAGCUGCAGAAAAAAAUUCAGCUCAAGCAUGAUGAAAGCAUUCGAAGGCACAUGGAACAGAUUGAGCAAAGGAAAGAAAAAGCUGCUGAGUUAAGCAGUGGGCGGCAUGCGAAUACUGAUUAUGCCCCUAAACUGACCCCUUAUGAGAGGAAGAAGCAGUGUUCUCUCUGUAAUGUCCUGAUUGCUUCUGAAGUUUAUCUCUUUAGCCAUAUUAAAGGGAAAAAACAUCAACAAGCUGUGAGAGAGAAUAGCAGUAUCCAGGGGCGUGAACUUUCAGAUGAAGAAGUGGAACAUCUGUCUUUGAAGAAGUAUGUUGUUGAUAUUGUGAUUGAAAGUACAGCUCCACCAGAACCUGUGAAAGAUGGAGAAGAGAGGCAAAAGAAUAAGAAAAAAGCUAAAAAGAUAAAAGCACGGAUGAACUCCAGGGCUAAAGAAUAUGAGAGUUUAGUGGAAACCAAAAAUUCUGGCUCUGAUUCACCUUAUAAAGCAAAGCUCCAAAGAUUAGCCAAAGAUCUUGUAAAACAACUUCAAGCACAAGACAGUGGUUCCUGGGCGAACAAUAAGGCUUCAGCUUUGGAUCGGACCCUUGGUGAGAUUGCUAGGAUAUUGGAGAAAGAGAAUGUAGCAGAUCAGAUUGCAUUUCAAGUUGCUGGUGGACUAACAGCCCUUGAACACAUCCUUCAAGUAGUGGCUCCCGCCACAAACAUGAGCACGGUUUCGCGAAUUCCUCCUAAGUCUCUCUGCAAUGCAAUCAAUGUUUACAGCCUCACCUGCAAUAACUGUUCAGAAAACUGCACUGAUGUUCUGUUUAGUAACAAGAUUACCUUCUUAAUGGAUCUCCUGAUACACCAACUGACGGUUUAUGUUCCAGAUGAAAAUAAUCCUGUUUUGGGAAGAAACACAAAUAAACAAGCUUUUGAAGGCUUGACAACUGGACUUCUCAGGACCGGUGCUAUGGUUUUUAGUUGUCUGAUUGCCAGCCGACCAGAUGAAAACAGCCGGCCAGGUACACCAAAAAUAACAACACAGGAAAUGAAAAACAAACCCUCACAAGGUGAUGCUUUUAACAGUCGAGUUCAAGACCUUAUCAGCUAUGUGGUGAACAUGGGUCUGAUCGACAGACUUCAUGGCUGCUUCCUCUCAGUGCAAGGCCCAGUGGAUGAGAAUCCCAAGAUGGCCACGUUUCUGCAGCAUGCCGCAGGAUUUUUACGUGGACUGUGUCUGCUCUGCUUUGCUGUCACUGGAAGGACCUACAGCAUAUUUGACAAUAAUCGCCAGGAUCCCACAGGGCUGACAGCCGCUCUUCAGGCCACAGACUUGGCUGGAGUUCUACACAUGCUCUACUGUAUCCUCUUUCACGGCACCAUCUCAGACCCCGGCACUGCCAGUCCCAAGGACAGUUAUGCCCAGAACACCAUCCAAGUAGCCAUUCAGAGUUUACGUUUCUUCAACAGUUUCGCAGUUCUUGAUUUGCCUGCUUUUCAGUCUGUUGUAGGAGCUGAGGGCUUGUCCCUUGCAUUUCGGCACAUGGCUAGCUCCCUUCUGGGCCACUGCAGCCAAGUCUCCUGUGAAAGCCUCCUUCAUGAGGUCAUCGUCUGUGUGGGCUACUUCACUGUCAACCACCCAGAUAACCAGGUAAUUGUACAGUCCGGCCGCCACCCGACGGUGCUGCAGAAGCUCUGCCAGCUGCCCUUCCAGUAUUUCAGUGAUCCAAGGCUCAUCAAAGUGCUGUUCCCUUCGCUCAUCGCCGCUAGUCACAACAACCCCCAGAACAGGCUCAUUCUGGAGCAAGAGAUGAGCUGUGUGCUACUGGCCACAUUCAUCCAGGACUUUGCACAGACGCCAGGUCAUGUGGAUAACCAGUCUUCCCAUCCCAAAGGAAAACUUGGGAACCUUGGGGACUACCUGGAACUGGCUAACAGAUUUCCUCAGCAGGCCUGGGAAGAAGCCCGGCAAUUUUUCUUGAAAAAAGAGAAAAAAUAAAUGUUGUUU